CAAAGGCGGCCUAUACAUUGAGAGCCCGAAAAUGGGUGUAUCUAUGAGACAAUGUGUCUUGGUAUUUGGCAUGCUUUUUACUGGGACUAUCAACACAGUAUCCAGAAAAGUUCAGCUUGAUUGCAUGUUAGUCCCUUCACAUUCAAAAGUAAUAGUCUAGACAGUGCUGUAGGAUACUUUAAUCAUUCUGCAAAUGAUGCGCGUACUCCGCAUAACUUCAAUAAACCAUGGUUUCAAACGCUACUGAUGUUUUUCGGGGAGUCACUUUGUAUAUUGGCUUUUAUGAUAAUGAGAUGCAGGAAAAGGAGGCAAAUGUUUUCACAUGGUUAUAGUGUUAUUGGCCUUCACCCUAGAGGUCAAAGCCUAGUAAGAACACCUAUUUUUAACUGGAUUUUUAUAUUACCGACGCUCUGUGAUUUGUUGGGCUCAACACUAUCAGGUAUCGGUCUUCUGUACAUUGAUGCAUCCAUUUGGCAAAUGUUACGGGGAUCGCUUAUUGUAUUUGCUGGAAUUCUGUCAACUAUAUUUCUAAAGCGACGUUUACGUUACUUUCACUGGAUUGGUAUCAUGAUCACUGUGAUUGGAUUAGCUCUUGUCGGUUCAAAGUCAGUAUUCAGUGUACAUUCAGUGAAGUCAAGCAUAACUCAAUCAGCUAUAGGACUUGUUCUCGUGUUGGCUGGUACAUUCACAUCAGCAGCACAAAUGAUUGUAGAAGAAGUCUUCUUAAAAAGUCGUGGUUUUCACCCUCUACAGGCUGUCGGUAUGGAGGGUAUUUUCGGUUGUAUUUUAAUGUGUGCAAUUGCCCUCCCAGCUGUUCAUUAUAUUCCGGGGAAUGAUUUAAAUGGAUCCUAUGAAAAUGUUAUUGAUGCCAUCUAUCAAAUUGGUAGUAAUUAUGUCCUAUUAGGCAAUUGUAUAUUAUACGUCUUAUCAAUUGCAUUCUUCAAUUACUGUGGUCUAUCGAUUACACGAAGUCUUAGUUCUGUUCAUAGAACAUUAAUCGAUUCUUUACGUACUGCAUUUGUAUGGAUAUGCAGUUUAAUACUCUAUUAUGCUGUUGGUCCACCGUACGGUGAACCAUUCACAGUUGGUUGGGGUCUAAUUGAAAUUGAUGGUUUCGCCUUACUCAUCAUCGGAACAUUAGUGCAUAAUCGUGUCCUAGACAUUACUUGUUGCUGCCCAAAUCGUCCAGAACCAUUAAUAUUAACACCAAGACAAUUGAGAGGUAUGAGUGAAUCUUCAGAACCCUAUUCCCUCGACUAUACGGAUACAAUGGAUUCAAGUGAUGAUAUUGAUUUAGACGAUGAGGAUGUCGAUGAGGAUGAUGAAGAUCCAAUUUAUUAUUCUAAUGAUCGUAGUGGUGCUGGAUCAAUAAUGAGCAGUAGUGCUGUGUCUACUCUGCAUCGUUCGCAUGAUCGUGAAGAACAAUCACAGCAAACAGCAUCAUCAUCAUUAUUAUUGAAAACAUCUAUUGUUGGCGGGAAAUCAAUAAAUUAUUCUACAAUAAACUAAUGAGAACCAUUAUUAUUAUUAUUAUUGAUUUUUUAUUUUAUUUUAUUAUUUAUUAACUUUCUAAUAUAAUCUUCACGGUGAUCAAGAUCAGUUUUACACACCAGAGUUGUUGUUGUUGAUAUAUAUAUAUAUAUUGAUUCUCUCAUUGACUUCAUUUUUAGUUUGGGGGGGGGGAGUCAUGAACAGAUCUUCAUUAUUUCUCACUCUUAGUGUGUGUAUUUUGGUUUUAUGAGGAGAAGUAUCUGUUUAUUAAUAUGUAUCUGAGUAGUGUUCAGCCUUCUCCACCCUUUCGCCAUUUUUCUGUGCCUUUAUUGAAUGGUUUUGUUAACUUGAUACAUGAGAGAUUCCAUUGUCAACCGUUCCUCUUUUUGUAUUCACUCAUUCCUAAAUUCGUUCAUUCAUUCAUCGUUCUUAUGUUGUAAUAGUUCCACCCACGCCCCACCCCCCCCACACACAAGCACACAAUGUAUUCGUGUGUUAUUCAACUGGGGAUGGGGUGAGUUGACUGUUGGUUAGUUAUCGUUUAACCCUAGAAACCGUUUGUUAUUCUUCGUAAAUAACUUUUAAUAGUUUUUUAAAAUAAUUUUUGUAUUUAUUAUUAUUAUUAUUAACAGCAGCAUUGGAGUGACUAAUGAAGGUACCUCUAAGCAUAUGACUCCACUGCACUUCACUCCAGUCCAGUCCACUCCACUCCUCCUUUUUCUUCGAUCUGUUUUUACUCUUUAACAAAGAAAAUUGAACUGCUAAAUUUAAAUGACAAGAUUACUUGAGGCUUCUUUCACAGUC